UAUUUAUAAUAAAUAAAUAAUUAAAUAGGUACAAUAACAAUACUUAAAUAUAUUUUAUCAUAAUAUCUGGUUUAAUAAGUUGGUUGCUAAAAUUAUCCGUUAGAUGGCAGAACUAUUUAAAAUAGAAAAAAAAUGUAUAAACAGUAAAAUGAUAAAUUUUAUUCAAUUCUAUUCAGAAAAAUCUAGUGCUUCAAAUGGUUAAUAAAUAAUUUAUAAUUUAUCAAUUUUCCAGCUAAUGAGAUCCAUAAUUAUGACACUGAGCAGGUGGAACAUAAUGUUGAGCAAACUGAAUUAGAUCAUGAAUUAAAAAAAAAAAAAAAAAACAUGAUUCAAAAUAGAGCAGCAGCAAGAAUGGGACUUGAAUUACAAGCUGAAAGAAUGCUUCGUUCAUCAAAACAAAAGUUUACACCAGCUAAACCUGGUGAUACUGUUCGUAUCCGAGUCCCUGAUGUUGACCGAGGGCGUAUGGAUCCACAAAACAUAUUAGCAGUUGUCGUAGCUGUCGAUAAUGAAUUUUACACACUAGGAACAAAAGAGGGUGUAUUAAAUCAAUUAUACACCCGUAAUCAAUUUGCUGUAUGUAAAGAAAAUAUAUUAACUCCUGAAGAAGUUGCUACUGACCAAUCCGUGUCCUUACGGAAAGCGUCCACUUCAAUUUCUCAAACAGGUGGACAGGGGUACUUGAGAUGCAAUUGUAAGGCAAAGUGUGUGUCGAAGAAGUGUAGUUGUAGAUCCUCAGGCAUUUUAUGUAACUCAAAAUGUCAUAAUAGUUUGUCUUGUUCCAACAAAUAAUUUUAUAUUAUAAAAUAAAAUAAUUAUUAAUUAUUAACCCUUUGAGUGCUAAAUUAAUUUGUAAAAACUAUUUAUCUCUAGGUAUUCAUCUUUUUUUACAAAAUGUCAACAUUCACCAAAAACAGAUUGUGCAUGUCAACAUUCACCAGUGAAUGUCUACAUCUAGGAAGAAAUUAGCAUUCACCAGACAUUUCGGUGAAUGUGACAUUCACCGGUGAAUGUCAACAUUCACCAAAUGUCGUCAUUCACCUUAACAUAUA